UUUUAAGUGAUGAGCAAUAGUUCUCUAUGCAUUCUUAAGGUCAUUUUAAAGGUUUUCUUUCGCUAUUGGCUGGUUUUCCACUCAUUUUCAGUGCAAUCCUUGUACCUGAUAAAUUUCAGAAGAAUUUUUUUUGUUUGUUAAGCCACUUAAAACUGAAAAAGGCACCUAACUCAACAGAUGAACCAGUGUUGUCUCCAUUUAACAGACAACUUACAAAACAAAUUUCUUUAGUUUCUCAAAAACCCUUCAGGAAACUGGAGGACAAAAACAGAAGUGACUGGCCUAAAAAAACACAACAGUUUUCAGUAUCUGAUUUAUCCUGAAUGAGAUAGGCGUCAUUAUUUGCACAAAUUUAUCUAGCAUUGAUGCAACUGACUGGACACUCCCACUAAUUUGUGUGAAUAAAAAGAAAAAUUGUGGGGGCAACUUCUGACAGAGUAGUUUCUCUAACCUAACUUCUUCAUCUCAAGGUAAGAGAUCUUUUCACAGGAUUUCAGUCAGAAAUUAUGGGUCAUUUAGCAUAAUGAGUUAAAAUCAUUUUUUACAUUGUCCUUUUCACUUUGAUGCAAUAAUUUUGAAUGUUUACAUUUCCAAAUCAGUGCUAAGAAUAAUUUUAAUUCUCCCCCCACCAGGAUUUGACCACAUUCAAGAGGAAAAAUGGUGCGGUAUAAAGUGACUGUAUUCACUGGUGAUUGCCUUAAUUCCACUACUCUUAACAAUGUCUUCAUUAAGCUGGUGGGCACAGAUGGGGAGAGUGAUCGCAAGUGGCUCGUGGGCUUGAAAGGGGCUUCAUCCUUUGUCAGAGGAGCCGUAUCAAAGUUUAAGGUGUUCUGCCCCACUUCCCUUGGAAAUCUUGUGCUGAUAGAGUUAGACAAAAAGUCUCUCCCACUGUUCCUGGAGGACGCUUGGUUUUGUGCCAAGGUGGAAGUGAAAUCCCCUGAAGGAGACAUCUACAGCUUUCCCAUCUACCGCUGGAUCACCGAUAGCAAGGUGCACCGCUUCAGGGAUGGAAAAGCUCUGAGAAUCUUUGAAGACAACCAUCAUUUUGGCAGGUACAGUCGGCAGCAGGAGAUUCAGCAGCGAGAGGAAGACUAUCGCUGGGAUGCAUAUGCAGAGGGAAUACCUCACUCCAUGAAGGCAGAAAACCCAUCGUCACUGCCAUAUGAGGUUCAGUUCUCCUUCACCAAAACUACAGAGUUUCUCUACACUGCUUCCACAGGACUGACUGAGCUGAAGCUGAAGGGACUGGAUAACUGUAAGAAGAAGUGGGAUAAUAUUGACAGCAUCAAUCGAGUGUUUUGCUGCAAAAAGACUGAAAUAUCAGAAUAUGUUCAGGAACACUGGAAAGAGGAUGCAUUCUUUGGCUACCAGUUUCUAAAUGGUGUCAACCCCAUUUUGAUCCAGUGUUGUACAACCCUGCCCAGUAACUUCCCUGUCACUAAUGACAUGGUCUUUCCCCAUGGCCAGUGCAGCCUGGCAGAUGAAAUGAAGAAAGGGAACAUAUUCCUGUGUGACUACAAGCGUCUGGAUGGGGUGAAAACAAACACCAUCAAUGGGAAGAAGCAGUACUUGAUGGCUCCUCUUGUCCUGCUCCACAAAGCUCCUGAUGAUAAGCUAAUGCCGAUUGCCAUUCAGCUGAAGCAGAAUCCGUCAGAUGACAAUCCAAUCUUUCUUCCUACUGAUUCUGAAUACGACUGGUUGAUCGCCAAGACUUUUGUGAGAAGUGCAGAUUUCAAUCACCAUCAGCUCAACGCUCACCUGCUGCGCACACAUGUGCUGGCUGAGGUUUUUGCAGUGUCACUGCUGCGCAACGUGCCCAUGGUGCAUCCUCUGUACAAGCUCCUCAAACCUCACACACGCUACACUCUGCAGAUCAACUUCUUAGCUCGACGCCUUCUAAUUUCUGACACUGGCGCUUUCACUCAGUUUGCAGGGUCAGGUGGCGAGGGCAUGUUUACAAUCCUGCAGAGGUCAGUGUCCUCAUUAACCUACAGCUCCCUCUGUAUGCCAGAUGACAUUGCUGAACGUGGCCUAGAGGCUGUGCCAAACUUCUUCUACAGGGAUGAUGGCCUAAAGGUUUGGGAUAUCAUCCACAGGUUUGUUCAGGGAAUGCUCAGCUACUACUAUAAGAGUGACAGUGAGGUCCAGGAGGACUCUGAACUUCAGAAGUGGAUUUUGGACAUUUUUGAACACGGGUUCCUUUCUCAAGCAGAAACAGGAAUUCCUCAGAGAUUUACCCGUCUGACUGAGUUGGUGAAGUUUGUCACCAUGGUGAUCUUCGCCUGCUCAGCCCAGCAUGCAGCUGUGAACAGUGGACAGUAUGACUAUGGUGGCUGGAUGCCCAACACUCCCAUCUCGCUGCAACUCCCGCCACCGACCACAAAGGGGACGACAAGCGAGGCCACGAUGUUGGCCACCUUCCCUGACGUCAAUGUAACAGUUCAGGGCAUGGCCACCAUGUGGCUGCUCAGCAAGCAGUCCAGUGACUUUGUUCCCCUUGGCCAGUACCCAGAGGACCAUUUUACUGAGGAGAUUCCCCGCAAGAUAUUAAAGGAUUUUCAGAUGGAGCUUGAAGAUUUGAGUUUAGUCAUCAGAGCCAGAAACAAGCGUUUAGAAGUGCCAUACACCUACAUGGAUCCAGCACAGGUAGAAAACAGCGUGGCCAUUUGAAUAUUAGAAGACUCAGCUGUGAGAUAAAAUUCAGCUCCCUCCUCAAAUAAAAGCAGCCAAAGAAAGUUCGGACUUCUACUGAUGAAAUAGCUGAAAUAGAACUUAAUGCUUCUAAUUAUUGUAUGCUGAUUUGUGAAUUUUAUCCAUCUGCUGUGAUCUGUUGUAGAGUAGAAUCUUAAAACCUUUGAAAAUCAAUGUCCCAAAGUGUCCCAUCCUUUCAAAAACACGUCAAAGAAAACUGAUAUUAUUGUGAACAAAUCAUGACCCUUUUUAGUGAUUGAUUUUUGUUAAAGUCUGUCUUAAAGAAGUGUCAACCUCUGAGCCAGAGUUUGAAAACAUUUACCAAAUUUUGUUUUUAUUUUAAUUUUUUUAGCUAAAAACCCCCCGCUGCAUUUCUCGCAUAUAGACACUUAUUUAAUUUAAGAAAUAUGUCUCUCUUCUGUCUUGAAUGCAUGUGUAUGUUUGAGGGCAUGGUCUGUUUACCUCAGAGUUGAUCAAUCUGUGUUUGUCUGUCUCCCUGUAAAAUGCUCACCUGCCAAAGCUCAACUCAUUAACCUCACCUGUUCCUCAUCUGGUUAUCAAGCUGCUUCUUAAGGCUAAAGUAAAUACUCAGCCAUCAUUCGAUUGUGCUCUGCCCUCUGGCCCUUAGUUUAUUUUUGGGAGCUAAGCUCUGUUUCUGUGAAGACCUCUCACUGUAUUUGGAUUUCCUUCGAGUUUAUGUGACAGUGUGUGUGUGUGUGUGUGUGUGUGUAUGCCCACAGAUUGAAUUCAUAGCAUUACAGACACAGUUUUUUCUUACUCAUUUCUCACAUCCUGUAAAUAAAUCUGUGUUAACCUUUUCCUACUCUACAGUGGCUGUUGGCCAUCCUACACUUCUGGUUUCCUUUGUAGAAAUCAUUUUCUAUUUUUUUGGGGGGGGGGGUUGUAUGGUAUCUUGUCAGCUCUCAUUACUAUAAUAUGACUUUGCAUAUACAGAGCAUCAUUUAACACCAUCCAUCCAUUUGCUUCCGCAUAUCCUUUUUUGGCGCUGGAGCCUAUCCCAGCUGUCAAAGGGCGAGAGGCAGGGUACACCCUGCACGGGUUGCCAGUCUGUCGCAGGGCUAACACACAGAGACAGACAACCAUUCGCACUCACAUUCACUCUCACAUUCACUCCCACAUUCACUGGUGACAAUUGUUAUGGUUCUUGGUAUGUUAUUCAGCGAUGUUGAGUUUUUUGGACUUUUCUUAGUAAAUAUCGAGUAAAUUUCUGAUUCUUGGUUUUUCUUGGCUUUAUAUUCAUGUUCCCUUAGUGCUAACUUAGUGCGUUAGUUCUGUUCUCAGUCCUUAGUCUUGUAUAUUAUAUUUUUUUCCUACAUUUAUGGGUCAAGUCCCCACCACUGAUUUUCUCCUUCCUGUUUUAUUUUGGCAACCAGUGUCUGGACCGUCGGCUCUUUUCCUGGAAAAAAUGAUUAACUUUAAGUUCAACCUUCAUCUACCCUGUCCUACAUUUGGGUUCUCAAUCUUUCACCAUUCAUCACAGCUAAAUCUGAUAACUGUGACCAUUUUCAUACUGUGAAGUCAUUGUCAUUGUUACAUCCUGUGAGGCUGUGGGAGUGUGUGCGGGUGGGAAAGUUUAUCCUACCCCUUUGGUGACCAACAAUCCUGUUAUAGAACCUGUGUUCGAUGCCCUCAGUCAGCAGCACCCGGAUGUGUUCCCGGUGAGCGUUCUGACUCGGUCACGUGCCCAGCAGCAAGGUGGGGGGGUUGAUUUGUCUGGAUCAGUGAUUGGCUCUAUUCUAGAGAAGGAUGUGAUGCCCUGUACUGAUGAGGGAGAUAAUGGAGCCUUAGAGUCGCCUCAAAGUGUGGUUGAGCCAGCUCCUGAGUCUGAAGCUCCUUUUCUGCUCACCCAGGAAGCACUUGUGAAGGCUCAGAAAGAGGACCCUUCAUUAGUUAAGUGUUUUACCGCUGCAGCUCAGGAUAAUGGUGGUGAGGGGAGCAAGAAGCAGACAUUUUUCAUUUGGGAAGGUUUAUUGAUGCGCAAGUGGACCCCAAGGCCUGGAGAAGACUGGAGUACAGUGUGGCAGAUAGUGGUACAAGUCUGUGGCGGCAUGUGCUACAGUUAGCACAUGAUCAUUCAUGGUCAGGUCAUUUGGGUGUCACCAAAACGUAUGACCGUAUACUGCAGCAUUUCUUUUGGCCGGCAAUGAAAGCAGAUGUAGUGCAGUUUUGUAACACCUGUCACACUUGCCAGCUUGUGGGUAAACCGAACCAGAUAGUGCCCCCCGCCCCUCUACGUCCUAUCCCUGCUGUCGGUGAACCAUUUGAGCAUAUGGUAGACUGUGUUGGCCCCUUACCAAAGACGCGGGCAGGGAAUCAGUUCUUAUUAACUAUAAUGUGUGUGUCCACUCGAUUCCCCGAAGCAAUUCCACUGCGGAGAAUCACCACAGCAAGCAUUACCAAAGCAUUAGUCAAAUUCUUUACCACCUUUGGCCUCCCGAAAACUGUGGAGACGGAUCAGGGUACCAAUUUCUUGUCCAGGGAUUUUAAACUGACUUUACAGUCCUUUGGAGUUUCUCAUUCUGUGUCUAGUGCUUAUCACCCAGGGUCACAAGGUGCACUUGAGCGGUGGCAUCAAACUCUCAAGGCAAUGUUGAAUAAGUAUUGCCAUGACACGGGAAAAAGCUGGGAUGAAGGGGUCCCUUUUGUAUUGUUCACUAUACGUGAUGCGAAGCAGGAGUCUUUGGGGUUCAGCCCAGCUACCCUGGUGUUUGGACAUGAUGUGCGGGGUCCACUAAAAGUGCUGAAGGAGAGUUUUCUCAGUGGUUGUCUGCCUAAAACUAAUGUGGUGGAGUUUGUGAAAACAUGUAAGGACAGGUGGCAACGGGCUACUUUGUUAGCAAAAGAGGCUCUCUGUGUAUUCCAGGCAAACAUGAAGAGACGAUUUGAUCAAAAAGCAGUGGAAAGACAUUUUCAGCCUGGGGACAAAGUUCUUGUGUUGCUGCCCGUGCCUAAUUCUGCCCUCAUGGCUCGUUUCUCAGUGAUAGUGAAAAAAGUGUCUGACACCAACUAUAUUCUCAACGCCCCAGAACGCAGAAGGAAGACUCGCCUAUGCCAUGUUAACAUGCUGAAACCAUACCAUACCAGAGACACCAGCAUGACAGAACCAUCAGACACCGCUGGGACGGCUGUCCCCGGUUCAGUCCCUGUUACCCUGCUAAGUGUAGAAGUUAAGGGUGAUGAUGAUCUGGGUACCCUUUCUGAGGGACAGCAAUGUGGGCGGUUGUCAAAUUCUGUUUUUUUAGCUAAGGCCGAGGCCCACCUGUCUCAUCUUCCUCCGUCCCAGUGUAAAGAUGUACUUGACUUGUUGCACUCCUACCCGUCUCUCUUUAGUGACGUACCCUCCCGUACCAAUGUUUGUGAGCAUGACAUUGAUGUUGGUGGCGCAGCCCCAAUCAAGCAGCAUGCAUACCGCUGCCCCGUCGCCAAAGGUGAAAUGAUGAAAAAGGAAGUUGAGUACUUAGUAGAAAACGGCUUGGCACAACCUAGUUGUAGCCCCUGGAGCUCCCCAUGUCUACUGACACCUAAGUCUGAUGGCACACCCCGUUUCUGCACAGAUUAUCGGAAGGUAAAUGCUGUAACGGUCUCUGACUCGUUUCCGCUUCCUCGUAUGGAAGACUGCAUCGACAGCAUAGGCCCUGCCAAAUUCAUUACCAAACUCGAUCUCCUUAAAGGCUACUGGCAAGUGCCUCUCACUUCCAGAGCUUCAGAUAUUUCUGCAUUUGUCACCCCUGACCACUUCAUGCAAUACACAGUAAUGGCCUUUGGCAUGAAAAAUGCCCCAGUUACCUUUCAAUGUUUGAUGCAGUUGGUGUUGGGAGAUGUGCCCGAGUGCAAUGUGUAUCUAGAUGAUGUAGUGCUAUACACAGACACGUGGGCAGAUCAUAUGUCCCUCCUGAGGACAGUGUUUCAGCGGCUAGCCGAGGCCUUGUUGACCCUCAAUCUCGCUAAAUGUGAGUUUGUUAAGGCAACAGUCACUUACCUAGGUAAGCAGGUGGGGUUUGGACAAGUCCACCCGGUGGAGGCGAAGAUUGCUGCAAUCCUGGACUACCCGAUUCCAACCACCAGACGGGAACUAAGGCGGUUCCUAGGUAUGACCGGAUAUUACCGGUGUUUCUGUAAGAACUUUUCUGUGGUCAUGACUCCGCUAACCAAACUGUGUAGCCCAAAGGUGCCUUUUGAAUGGUCAGCUGAGUGCCAGCAUGCCUUUGACUCGGCAAAAUCCCUCCUGUGCAGCACCCCUGUCUUGGCAGCUCCUAACUUCUGUCGACCCUUUAAGCUAGAGGUCGAUGCCAGUGCCACCGGAGCCGGGGCUGUUCUACUGCAGGAUGAUGAGGAGGGUGUGUGCCAUUCGGUCUGUUAUUUCUCUGCGAAGUUCAAACGCCAUCAUCUGAACUACUCUACCAUAGAGAAGGAAGCCUUAGCUCUGCUUCUGGCUCUGCAGCAUUUCGCAGUGUAUGUGGGCUCCAGCUCUUCCCCGGUGACCGUGUUCACAGAUCACAAUCCCCUCGUUUUUCUGAACCGGAUGUACAGCCACAACCAGUGACUGAUGCACUAGGCACUGCUGGCCCAGGAUUAUAAUCUGGUGAUCAAACACAAAAAAGGUACUGACAAUAUAGUAGCUGAUGCACUGUCACGCAGCUCACAAUAAGGUGUUGUUGUUGUUUUGGUAGAGCUUGAAUGUAAGGGGGGGGGUAAUGUUACAUCCUGUGAGGCUGUGGGUGGGGUGUUUGCCCGCUCUCUCCGCCUCCUCCUCUCUUGCCACUCCUACCCCCUAUGUCUCUCUCACUCUCCUCUCUCCCCAGGACACAGCUGCUCUUGAUUAGCCUCGUUUGCCACCUGAAUCCAGUCAGCAAUCACAUCUGAGGUUAUAUAAGCUGGGGAUGAGCAAAGGUGGUUUUUCCCCUCUGUGGCUCGACGCAUUUUUCUGCUAGGUUUUGGACAGACAGCCUCCUUGAGAGUAGAUGGGCUUGUGGGCCCUGGAAGUGUCUCCCCGUGGUGAGAAGUAAGAUAUAAAGUGGGAAGUGCCUCCCUUAUUUGUUUGAUAGCUUUUUCUUUUGUUGCUGCGAGUGUUUCCUUUGUUUCUUUGGCAUUAUUGGUAAAACGGCGUUGCCGGCUCUUUAAGUUAACGUCAUUUGUAAUAAAACUAUAUUAUUAUAGAACAACUCUGUCUGUUUUCCUUUUUGUUCUGUUUCCGGACCCAUUUGUUACUGGUCCCCUCACUCGCAUGCCUAGACCCUUUCGGGGAGGACGUAACAGUCAUAUUAAAAAAAAACCUCUUUGUUGUAUCUGCUGAAGGCAGCCAUCAAAAAAUGGGUGCACUGCAGUUGUAAAGGAAACGACAAGCCAGAAACAAUAUUCAAGUAACUUGUGGCUACAAAGCUCAGUUGGUACUAAGUUGGGCCCAAAAUGUUACACCACCACCAGUCUAAAUUGCUGAAUUUAAAAAAAAAAAAAAAA